CGAUACACUGCCGGAGCCUUUUCACUGCAGCAGGGGCCCUUUUACUGCAGGGGCCCGGUCACUGUUGCAGGGGCCCGGUCACUGUUGCAGGGGCCCGGUCAGUGCAAACCAUCAGAGAACUGUGAUCCUGACUCUGAGUCUUUGGACCGCUGCAUCCAGACGUCUCUGUCCGACCUCUACCCCCCCUUCCAGGCCACGUCCUCCACCAUCCUCUGUCAGGUCCUCAGUGUGGUGGAGAGCAGCUACAGUGGAGACGGCCUCCGCUACCUGCUCCACUUCCUGCUGCCGGCCAAGAAGUUCCUGCAGACACUCCAGCAACAUGCCUGUUGUCAGUACAGUGGAGUCUUGUUUCGUCAUGAAGGCUGGCCUCUGUGUGUCCAUGAGAAGGUAGUCGUUCAGCUCUGUCCUCUGGACCAGCAUCUCCUGCGUCCAGGAGACUUCUAUCUGCUGGUAUCUCCUGCGGCUGCUCCUCCUCUUCGAGCACACAGCGCCUCCUGCAGGAGCAGCGUCGCCUCCUCCCCCAGCCUGCUUUUGUGCAGUGUGUCGGCGGGCGGUCGUCAUGUGGAGCGACAGGAAGUGUCGGAGUUAGCCCUGCGGUCACUCUUCAGCAUGGCCUGGCUGGACUCGGUCAACAGGGAGAGGGAGCCGCGAGGAGCGUCCAGGCUGGAGCGCUGCGUCCUCUCUGCCAAUGGAGAUGUCUUCAGGGUUCCCUGGGAGGACCUCGUCUACCCACAAUUCCUCAGCCGGGCGCGAACCACCCGGGUGGAGGACCAAGAGUCUUCCAUGAAGGAAGAGUUAGUUUCUCGAGAUAUUAACUCCUUGACCCAGGAAGAUUUAAAGCUCCUCCCAUCUCAAACAAACCAAUCAGCUGCAAGCAGCGAGGCAGAGGACUCGGAGGGCGAGUACGUGGAGCUGACGGAGCUGACGCUGCCUCGCUUCUCGCCACAGAAAGGUUCUUUAACCCAGUCCAUCAGCCUGCAGCUUCAAGCAAGGACCAGCUCACACAGCUCAACACACACACCUCACAAUAAACAGAUUCCUCACAACACGCACACGCCUCACAGCACGCACACGCCUCACAACACGCACACUGCUCACAACACACACACUCCUCACAACACGCACACGCCUCACAACACACACACGCCUCAAAACACACACACACAUUCUGCUGUGAGCAUGAACACCUCAACGCACACACCUCACAACAAACUAACACCUCUCCACACACACUCCUCCUGGUCCAGUGUGCAGGUCAGUUCUCACACUGGACUUUGCACCAAACUCAUCGAGGAAAACUUCAAGCACGACACAUGCAGACCUGUUGUCCUCACCCCCAUCUCCCCCUCCAACCUCACCCCCACGUCCUCUGCUCCUCCUGAGGUCCUGGAAACUGCCAUCGUUCAGUCAGAGCAGGAGGCCUCUAAGGAGCAAACACAAGGAA